CGCCGGGGCCGGGGCAGCCGCGGCGGGCACGGCCCGAGCCGCCCGAACGGCCCCGACAGCUGCCGCGGGGCCCGCCGGGGAGCGGCCGAGCGGGGAUUUGAAGAUGUCUAAAAAGAAGCUGAAGAAACUGUCUGGAAAGGAAGUCUCUUUGGAUGGCCAGGAUGACAAAAACUCUGAAGACACAAGAUCUUACAAGCACACUGCAAAAGAAGAAACAGAACAUCAGAGGUCCAAACCAGAGAAAGAUGGGCACGAGAAGAAGCGACACCGAAGUUCUCGUGCUUUUGAUGAUGCAGAUGGAAGAUCCCAGGAAAAAUCUCCAAAGAGAAGCAAAACCCCAGAUAGUUCUUCAAUUCAUACAGAAAGGCAGAAGAAAAUAGUGAUCCAGUUUAAAGCCAAAGAAAUCAAACAUGGCAAAACCACCCGCAUUCCUGAUGUGGUGACUGCCAGCAAGGAAAGAAGUCGCUCUGAUGGAAGAGAAGGAAAAAGGCUCUGGCACAGCUUUGAGCUUCAGAGGGACAAGGCACUGAAGAAAAAGAGAGAGAAAGCUGAACUCUGUAAGCUCAAGCUAAAAGCAGAACAAGCUAUGAUAGAAAAGUUUAAGUCCUCUGUGUAUGAGGUACCACAUAAAAAGGUAGAGAGCUCAAAAAAGCGAAGUGAGGAUGUCAGAAUUCCCAAAAAGCCACCUGACAGCUCUGCAGGGAUUGGGCAUGGUGACAGACCUGCCAGUAAGGAGCCAAGUGUAUUAUCUAGCUUCUGGGAAGAAGAGGAGGAGGAGGAAGAAGAAUACAAGGACUUUGCUGAGAAAAAGAGGCACACGAGUAAACACAGAUCAUCACACUCCCCACGUGAAACUCCACCACGACUGGACUCUCGAAAACGCAAGAAACACAGCCCUGGUUCUCCUAAAGCUCCUGAGCACCCAGGAACUAAAGAAGGAGACUUGGAAGCCACAGCAUUGUGUUUUAAGCAGAAUGUUGAGGGCCCCUGCACAUCUGACUCCUACCAGGGAGGUGAGGUCAGGAAGCCUGGGCCUGUCCCAAAGAGCUCUGAAGACUUUCCACCCCUUCAAGACCGUCAGAACACAGAAACAGACCAAGAGAUGCAGAUAGUUGAAGACUUGCACGUUGCUCGUGUGGAGAAGAUGAUGGCCCUGUCUGUAGUACAGACCUGUGGAGAACUUACAAGCAUGGAGAUAGAUCUUCCAGAACAGGAUUUAAAUACUUCUGCUGGGGCUUUUAGUUCUGGUCUGAACAUCCUAGUGGUGAUUGACACAAAUAUAAUGAUUAGUCACCUUGAGUUUGUGAGAUCCCUGAAAUCUGAGGAUAUACCAGGAGUUGACAGACUUGCAUUAAUCAUUCCCUGGGUCGUCCUACAAGAGCUGGACAACUUGAAGAAGGGGAAAAUGUUGCAGCAUGUUCGGGACAAAGCUAUCCCUGCAGUGCAGUUCAUCUACAAGUGUCUCAAGAACCAGGAUUCCAAACUGUGGGGGCAAUCCAUGCAGCUGGCUUCUCAAAAAAUGUAUGGGCUGAGUGACGAGAACAACGACGACCGUGUCCUGCAGUGCUGCCUGCAGUACCAGAAGCUCUUCCCACAAGCUCUUGUUGUCCUCUGCACGGAUGAUAAAAAUCUGUGUAAUAAAGCCAUUGUGAGUGAGGUCAAGGCAUUCUGCAAAGCUGAUCUGGUCACUGCUCUGCAGAAUGUGAAUGUAAACAGGCCCCAGAACUCUGAGGAGCUGCAGCAGCCAAAGCAGGAUACAGAAUUUGGGAAGACAAGAGCUGAUGCUGGUUUUACUGCACAAUUCCCAAAUGUGCUUCCAGACCUUGAAAAGAACUUAGGAGAAGCUUUGUCCUGUAUUUUGGAGACUGAAAUGAAACUUGCAUUUGGAAACCUGUGGAUGGAGAUCCUGUAUCUGAAGCCACCAUGGACCUUAGCAAACCUGCUGAAAUGUUAUAAAAAACACUGGAUGGCUGUUUUUGGUUAUGUAGUGCCAAGGAGUUUACUUUCAAGCAUUGAAUGUCUUUCUAAACACCUUUAUGCAGAUAAACCAUUUGACCCCUCAACAGUGCGUGUCCUACUCCAGGAAUCCAAAAACUUGCUCCAUGCUUUCAGCUGCAGGUCAGACUACAACGGUGUCCUGCCCCAGGCUUAUGCUGAAGUGGCAAAACUCUGUGAGACCCUCGGCGGGGUGAGGGCAGACAGUGAGCAGGAUUUAUCAGAAGACAUCAUGGUUCUUUCAGAAAAUGCUGCGUGUGAAAAAAUGGAAGCCACGAUGCCCAAUCUGCAAAGCACUGAGGAAAAAGAGCCACAACCCAGCUUUCAUGUGGCUCAGGAAAACAGGCACCAGGAAAUCUGGUCAGUCCUGGAAGGUGUUUGGAACACCAUGAACUUGUACAGUAUUGAGCUGUUCCAGAAGCUGGACCCCAGUGCAGCGACCAUGGCUGGCAAGGCCUCGUUUGAGGAGGCUUUUCUGGGCCUGCAGAAGCUGCUGGUGGCAGUGAAGGACAUCCGUGAGGGCAUUGGCAGAAUUUUAACCCCAACCAGCAGUUUCCAAGAUAUUUGGACCCUCUAUAACUUCCUCAGAAGACAUGAGAUCAAUAACAGUCUGAAGUUCACUGCUGAGGAGCUGUAUGAAUGUGUUUCACAGGAGCUCUACAGGGAGAGGCUGGAAGUGGGCUGCUGCCAGCUGGCCCAGCUGGAGCAGACGCUGGAGCAGUGCCAGGCGUCCGUGCACAGGGAGGCCGAGAGCCGGGGCUGGCUCUGACCCGGGCUCAGCUCCGCCUCCUCGGGGGAGGAGAGGAAAAGGGAGGCGCUGGAGGAGCCUGAACCCUGCUGCCUUUUCUUCUC